GCAAACAAAUUUUUAUAAGCCCAAAACCCUAGCCUCCCCCGCUUGGAGUUGUUUCGAGAUUUCUGCUCUGCUCCCAUUGGUAACAUGAGACCUCCGAGAGGCCGUGGCGGCGGUGGAUUCAGGGGCGGCAGAGAUGGCGGCAGUGGUGGAUUCAGGGGCGGCAGAGAUGGUGGCCGCGGUGGAUUUAGGGGCGGUCGAUUCGGUGGUGGUGGCCGUGGCAGUUUUCGGGAUGAAGGCCCUCCAGCCGAAGUUAUAGAGGUGUCGACAUUUGUUCAUGCCUGCGAGGGUGAUGCAGUAACGAAGCUCACAAAUGAGAAAAUACCCUUCUUUAAUGCUCCUAUUUAUCUGCAUAACAAAACCCAGAUUGGCAAAGUGGAUGAAAUAUUUGGUCCCAUCAAUGAAUCUUUAUUUUCAAUUAAAAUGAUGGAAGGCAUAGUAGCAACUUCAUAUUCCUCAGGCGAUAAGUUCUACAUUGACCCGGCAAAGCUUCUGCCGCUGUCAAGAUUUCUUACGCAGCCUAAGGGAGCUUUUGCUAGAGGUGGAGGCCGAGGUGGAGGAAGAGGAGGUGGCAGAGGUGGUGGACGUGGGGGUGGUGGCUUUCGUGGAAGGGGCGCUCCUAGGGGCAGAGGUGGCCCUCGAGGAGGUAGCCGUGGUGGUGGGUUUAGGGGCAGAGGGAGAUACUAAAAUGACGCUUUGUGUCUUAUUUAGUGCUCCUCUGUUGGAGUUGUUGUAAUUUCCAGAUGCUUUGCAAUUUAGUUUUAAUGCUUGUUUUCUGAUAUUGAUGUUUGAUCGUUUAAGGCUUGAUUAGUUUUUAUGGCACUAUUAAUUAAUGAAUUGAAUGUACCAAUGAUUUAAAAAUGGUUUGUGAAUACUCACAAAUUCAAAGACUUAUUAUGCACCAUAAUUUAUCUCUGCUAGUAAA